ACAUGAGAAUUUUAUCUUUUGAGGUGUCCUUUCUUUUCUUUGAAGUCCAUAUACUCCCUUUUCUCUAUCUCAGCCAGAGAUGGGCUCAAAAAAUGGCGUGACUACCUCAGCAAUUUCAUAUAUUUUGGUGCUGUUGAUGCUAGUUGGUUCUGCAAAAUCAGACUUUCAGCAAGACAGAGCAGAAUGUGCAGACCAACUAGUGGGUUUGUCCACAUGUCUUCCAUAUGCCAGUGGUGAUGCUAAAGCUCCUACCCUAGAUUGUUGCAGUGGUCUUAAACAGGUGUUGGAUAAGAGUAAGAAAUGCCUUUGUGUCCUAAUUAAAGAUCGUGAUAAUCCCAAUCUUGGUAUCAAGUUCAAUGUUAGUCUUGUUGCUAAACUUCCUAGCUUGUGCCAUUCACCUGUUAAUGUAACAGAAUGCAUCGAUCUUCUGCACUUGCCUGCUAACUCACCAGACGCAAAGUUCUUCGAAGGAUUUGCAAACAUCACACAAUCUGGAAGUAUCGAUGCCCCAGUUGGCAGUGGGAGUUCAACUGGCAGUAACCCAAGUUCAGCUGCAGAGAAGAGUGGUGAUGAGAGGCCAGCAAAUAGAUGGCUUGUGGCAGAGAUCGUGUGUGGAUCAUUACUACUGGCUUUCACAUCUCUUGGUUUCUGAAAGGCUCUCUAUGCAUGCCUAUGAAAAAUCGUUAUCCCUAAACAUGUUCAUCGAAUAUGUAUCUUAAUUUAUGGACUGUUUUCUAUUACUAUGAA